ACGCCCUCACGGCCCCGCUGCAAAAGGGAGGCCCCACCUCGUUUCCCCCUCGCCCCCCGGAAGGGCGGGAAAGGGAGCGCGCAGGCGCAGAGGAGUGUCGUGGGCGAGGCGGCGGCAUGGCGGGGGCAGACAUGUCAAAGAAGGGACAGCUUUUGGGGGUGCUUAAAAAGGAGGUGAGAUCGCUGCUAAUGGCUGCCAAGGAGGGUUUAACCCCAGCACAGCUGGAGCAGGAGUACAUGACCAUGGUUGGCAAACCACUUCCUGUACGUGACCUGGGCUUCCAAUCCACUUUGGAGCUGGUGGCAGAUAUGCCUGAAGUUGUCAGAAUCUGUACUUAUGGGAAAGGCACUUUUAUCCUCAAAGCCAUUGCAGAUGAGACCACCAAAGCAAUUGCCAAACUGGUUGCCAGACAGAGGAGAAGUGCUAAGGAACGGAAGAGUGCUGCUCUGAGGGCAGAUGCUAUUUCUUCCCAUAAGAAUCCACAGAGUUUACCUCGGAGGGGCAAGGCUCCCAUCCUGCCAGCAACGGUGAAGGCUGAGUUGCAGGAUCUGCUGAGUUCCUCACCACUUCUGCUCUUGGACUUUCAUAAUGCCUUCUUCAGACGCUUUGGCCGGGUGUUUGAAUAUACACAAUACGGAUUUUUCUCCAUGUUUGAAGUUCUGAAAAGUGUGUCUGAUAUCAUUGUCGUUGAGCAGACAAAAGCAGGUUCCUUGCUGACCCUGGAGAAGCAUCUGGCAAGUAAGAUAAAGAAGGAGGAGAUGCCACGGGGUGAGACACGGGGUGAGACGCGGGAAGAGAUGCCACGGGUUGAGAUGCCUCCUUUGGAGCCCAUCUGUGAGAAAGAGAACUGUUACCUAACAGCAGAAGAGAAGUCGGAGCCAGUGGAAACACAAGCAGUAGAUUUGGGUGAUGGCCUCAAACAAACUCAAUAUUUGGAGCAGUCCCUACUAGACAAAUUGAUAAUGACUCCAGAAAUACCCCCAGAUGCUGUGCAGGACAGAAGUCUUUGCAGUUUACCACCACUGAAGAGAAGGUGCUUGGUGGGAGUCUUUGUGGAAGUAAUUGUCUCUCCUAGCCAGUUCUACGUCCACGUAUGCAGCAGGGAAACAUCCGAUAAACUGCAGGAUAUGAUGGCUGACAUGAGACACUGUUACUCAAAUAAACUUGUUUCUGAUCGUUACAUCAUGCCUGAGUCUUCAGUACAGCCUGGACAGCUUUGCUGUGUAAUGAUCUCAAAAUGGUGGUACCGUGUUAUCAUCCACCGUGUGAUCAAUGACAAAGAUGUAGAGGUGUUCUACCCUGAUUACGGAAACCUUGAAAUUGUCCGAAAGUCUUGGCUGAGAUUCCUCAAGUGGUGCUACUUGAAGCUCCCUGCUCAGGCUAUCCCAUGUUCCUUGGCAUGGGUAAAACCUGUGGAGGGUACAUGGUCCAAUGCAGCAACUCUCCUAUUCAAGAACCUGUGUAGUUCCAAGCUACUUGUGGGCAUUGUGGAUGAAUAUGUCAAUGGCAUUUUGCAUCUUUUCUUGUGUGACACAUCUACUAAGGAGGAUGUCUACUUCCACUGUGUCUUGGAAGAUAAAGGAUAUGCUGACAUCUGUGGAAAGAACGUUCCUUCUGAGGGAUUCAAGGAACUGAAUCCUUUGGCCUUGUAUGUUCAGCCCCUUGAGAAGUGGGAGAAUGCUGAACUGGUGGAACCAGACCUUUGCUCGCAGCUGGAGUCUCUAGAUGCAGAUAGUGCAACUGCAACUUCAAAGCUGGGUGGGAAUGAACUGUGUGAUCAGCAGUGUCAUCUGUCUGAUAAUGAGGAGACACAGGAUGAUGUGCAGCCACUUUUGGAUGAAGUGAGUGUCCCAGGAACAACAGACCAAGAAGCUGAACUUGCACAGGAGAAUACAGGUGAAACUUCUACAGAUCUUGUGGCAGUGGUUAAGACACCUCAUUGUCUUGAAGAGUCCUCAAUGCCUGUUGUGUUAUUCAAGUCAGUGGAAGACUCUUACACCUCCUGUAUGUGCCCCAAGGAACCGGGAGGAAUGAGCCAGGAUAAGCCUGAUCAGAUAGAAAGAUUUUCCAACAAUCUCCAACUUCGUGAAGCUUUGCAUCCCUCUGUUCUCCUUAUGGCAAUGCCGUUUAUGGACAACCAUAACAGUGAAGAGCAAAUGAGGAGCAAAGACCAUCCUGGGAAUCUUGCAGUUAGCUCGUGCUUUGACAGUGAGCUGCCUGACCAGAGGCUGUCCCGGAAACUUUGUCUCCCUCCUACCACGCUACCUGCAGUGUUGGCAGCUGCACGCUUAGCCUCUUCCAGUAACUACUUCCACUGGCUCCCCAGCCUGAGAAAAAAGGUGUGAGAAAAGGGGAGAUGCUGGAGCAGCUGCACCCGGGGGCAGCAAAGGUCCUCUCUGUGACCUUGCUGUUAUUUUCUUUGUUCAGAAAUGUUUAAUUGGUUGGAACAACUUGGAGCCUUUCAUCUUUCCAUAUGUGCCUGGUAUAUGUGAUAAAUGUUGCUUUUACUGUUCGGAAAAUAGUUUGGUUUUGUUGUGCUGAUUUAUUGUUCUUUAAUGGUUCAGGAGAACAUUUAAUUGUCACGUUGUUAUAUAUCCUUUAAGUUUAGGAGAGGGAAACUGACAACUUGUCCCUCCCUUCUUCAGUGCAUGAGCAGUUUGACGCUGUGUGAAGAGAUGUUUUUGGUUUUUAACACAGUUGGAUGCUCUAUGCCCUCUUUGCUGUUAGAAGAGCUGGUUGUAUCCCAGCUCACACCUCCAUCCAUGGAGGUGCUGUUAACUUGCAAGAAGAAAAUACUCUC